AUGUCCAUGAGGUCGCAUAGAGUACCAGAAGAAUAUGUGCGGUGGACUAAGCUACUUUAUGCGAAGCCUACCAGCGUUGUACGAUUUGCUGCUGGAACAAGCAGGCCAUUCCCUGUACAAGUAGGGGUUCAUCAGGAAGCAGCAUCCGUGGACUCUACUCUUUGCCGACGAUGUCAUGCUCGAGAGUCUCGAGAUGAUCUUCAGAAACAAGUCCAGUCUUGGAAGGAUCAGCUGCAGAAAUAUGGAUUGCGCCUCAACACAUCAAAAACUGAGUACAUGGAGUGCGGACCAAGGAUAGAGGAUGGUUCAAUUCGUGUCGAUGGCACCGAAUUAAACAAGGCGACAUUGAUCAAGAAGGUUCGAGCACGUGUUAAUGCUGCAUGGAUGAAGUGGAAAAUGGCAACAGAGGACGGUUGUGCGUCCUGUUGCGAGUGCUGGCCGACGACGAAAGCCUUGGAAAGAGUACUGCACGCUAUGGAAAUGCGGAUGUUAAGGUGGACAAUAGGUGUAACGCUAAAAGAGAAAGUAUCCAACGACACUGUGCGCUCCAUCUUCGGCGUCGUCCCGAUAACUGAGAAGAUGAAGGAGGCCCGACUGAGAUGGUUCGGUCACGUCUUGCGGCGAGAGGAAGAUUCUGUGGCCCAAACCGCACUGAAGCUCGACGUUUCAGGAGUGAGGCCGCGUGGGAGGCCAAAGAUUCGCUGGUUAGACCGUGUCAAGCUGGAUAUGAUAGAUGCACAUUUGUGUACAGCUGAUCAAUGGAUAGAACCAAAUGGAAGACAAGAAGCAGAAAAGCGGACCCUGCAACAAUGCGGGACAAACGCUAGGAAGAAAAGAAGAAGAAGAAGAGGUUUGGUGCGCUGGAACGCGGCAAAAGUAGAUAUUGUAAUCAGUAAUGUUGGAAUUCUUCGUGAUGUUUCGCUUGUGAAAAUGACGGAUCUCGACUGGGACUUGAUUUUCAAAGUUCACGUGAAAGGAGCUUAUACCAAGACGAAAGCAGCUUGGCCGUAUAUGAGGAAGUGGAACUACGGAAGAAUUAUUGUGACGUCAUCAAUUGCGGCCAUCUAUGGAAACUUCGGUAAAACGAAUUACGCAGCUGCUGAGUUUAACCAAGUAGAAUCUCGUGUUGUCUGUGGUUAUGAUCAUGGAUCAUUUGUCCAGGAUGAUUACGUCAGUUUUCAAGCAAAGUCUGCCCUUGUUGGAUUUUCUAAUUCCCUAGCUCAAGAUAGAGCAAAAUACAAUAUAGUUGUAAACAUAAUAAUCUCAACAGCCAAAUCUCGCCUAACUCAAAAAGCACUUCCAGAGGUUUUGAAGCCAGAAUAUGUUACUCCUGUGGUUGGAUACCUUUGCUAUGGGUCCUUCAACAAGAGCGGCAAUGUUUCGAAGCCGUCAGGGCGUGACUACUUGUAUUAUCGAUCAGCUGGAAAGGUUGUUCGUAAUGCGAAGGCUGAACAUGUUCGAGAUAACUGGAGCCAAAUCACCAAUAUGUAG